AUGACCAGGUCCAACUCCAGCAGCAGCUCAAACAACGACAAGAUCCAUCAUUCCAACCACGACCACAACUGUUGGUCCAACCACAAUAACCACCACUCCCACUCCAACCACGACUACUGGUCCAACCACAAGAACCACCACUCCAACCACGACCACAACUGUGGGUCCGACCACAAGAACCACCACUCCAACUCCAACCACGACCACAAGAACCACCACUCCAACUCCAACCACGACCACAACUUCGGGUCCAACCACAAGAAUAACUACUCCAACUUCCACCAUGACCACAACUGCUACUCCAACCACGACCACAACUUCUGGUCUGACCACAAGAAUGACCACUUCAACUCCAACCACGACCACAACUGCUGGUCCAACCACAAGAACCACCACUCCAACUCCAACCACGACCUCAACUGCUGGUCCGACCACAAGAGCCACCACUCCAAAUCCAACCACAACCACAACUUCUGGUCCAACAACAAGAAUCACCACUCCAACUCCAACCACGACCACAACUGCUACUCCAACCACGACCACAACUGCUGGUCCAACCACAAGAACCACCACUCCAACUCCAACCACGACCACAACUGCUGGUCCGACCACAAGAGCCACCACUCCAAAUCCAACCACAACCACAACUUCUGGUCCAACCACAAGAAUCACCACUCCAACUCCAACCACGACCACAACUGCUACUCCAACCACGACCACAACUGCUGGUCCGACCACAAGAACCACCACUCCAACUCCAACCACGACCACAACUGCUGGUCCAACCACAAGAACCACCACUCCAACUCCAACCACAACCACAACUGCUACUCCAACCACGACCACAACAGCUGGUCCGACCACAAGAACCACCACUCCAACCACGACAACAACUGCUGGUCCGACCACAAGAAUCACCACUCCAACUCCAACCACGACAACAACUGCUGGUCCGACCACAAGAAUCACCACUCCAACUCCAACCACGACCACAACUGCUGGUCCGACCACAAGAACCACCACUCCAACACCAACAACGACCACAACUGCUGGUCCAACCACAAGAACCACCACUCCAACUCCAACCACGACCACAACUGCUGGUCCGACCACAAGAACCACCACUCCAACCACGACCACAACUGCUGGUCCGACCACAAGAACCACCACUCCAACUCCAACCACGACCACAACUGCUGGUCCGACCACAAGAACCACCACUCCAACUCCAACCACGACCACAACUUCUGGUCCGACCACAAGAAUCACAACUGCUACUCCCAUCACGACCACAACUUCUGGUCCGACCACAAGAACCACCACUCCAACUCCAACCACGACCACAACUGCUGGUCCAACCACAAGAACCACCACUCCAACUCCAACCACGACCACAACUGCUGGUCCGACCACAAGAGCCACCACUCCAACCACGACCACAACUGCUGGUCCGACCACAAGAGCCACCACUCCAACCACGACCACAACUGCUGGUCCGACCACAAGAACCACCACUCCAACUCCAACCACGACCACAACUUCUGGUCCGACCAUAAGAAUCACAACUGCUACUCCAAUCACGACCACAACUGCUGGUCCGACCACAAGAACCACCACUCCAACUCCAACCACAACCACAACUUCUGGUCCAACCACAAGAAUCACCACUCCAACUCCAACCACGACCACAACUGCUACUCCAACCACGACCACAACUGCUACUCCAACCACGACCACAACUGCUGGUCCGACCACAAGAACCACCACUCCAACCACGACAACAACUGCUGGUCCAACCACAAGAACCACCACUCCAACUCCAACCACAAUCAGAACUGCAUCAACAACAAAUACAUUUCCAACGACUCCUCCUCAAACAAACACUACACCAACAACAGCGGCAGCUACUAUUCAUCAACGGACUCCAUGCUUCAACCCAGAAAACCGUUUGCUGGUCCAGCAACAGGAACAGUUGUUUGCAGAGCAACAACUGCUGAUCCAACAGCAGCAGUUGCUCUACCAGCAGGAACAAGUGCUGACACAACAACAGCAACAGUUGUUUGGACAGCUACAACUCCUGGUUGAGCAACUACAACAACAGUUAUAUGCACAGCGUGACCUGCCGUUCGAGCAACAGCGACAGUGCUACCAACAACAAGAUGGCCUGUUACAACAACAGCAACAGUUGUUUUCACAGCAACAACUGUUGAUCGAUCAAC